AUGGACUGGCUGGAGGCGCAGAAUGUCAGUCACGAAGUGCACAAUGUGACCACGGCGGAUGGCUAUCAGCUGCAGGUGCAGCGCCUGCCGCAUCCGGGUGCAAGGGCCGUGCUCCUGGUCCACGGGCUCCUGGGUUCCUCGCUGGGAUGGGUCUGCCUGGGGCCCGAGCGGAGUUUGGCCUUUCAGCUGCACCAGCGCUCAUACGACGUGUGGCUGGCGAAUCUGCGCGGAGUGGCGCCCUACGGACGACAGCACAUCGACUUGACCGAUGUGAUGGCCGAUUUCUGGCGCUUCAGCUUCCACGAGCACGGAGCCUACGAUUUGCCGGCCAUAAUUGACCACAUGGCGGAGGUCACAGGCGGCGAACAACAGGACCGCGGAGGAGGUCGUGGUCCAUCGGCGGAUGGGGUUGGAGAGGAGGAGGAGGAGCAAAUGCCGCGCCAGGUGCUGCUAAUUGGACACUCGCAGGCUUUUAAUGCGUUCCUGGUCCUCUGCUCGGUGCAUCCGCGCUUCAACCAUCGCAUUCAGCUGAUGCAGGCCCUGGCGCCCCUGGCGCGACUGCAUCGCCAGGUGCGCUUCGACUCCUUCCAGGUGCGCCACCUCAUGAAGUUUGUCAAGAAACGCCAAAAAGGAAACAAUUUCGAGAUCUUUCCGCCUGGCUAUUUUCGAAAAAUAUGUCAAAGCAAACGAGAUCUUUGCGAAUACUACACUAAGCAACUGGCGGGCAGCUCCCAAAGCAACAAAAGGCUACUGGAAGCCUUCAACUAUGAAAAUCUUCUGCAAGGCGGCUCCGCAAGAGAGAUAAAACACCUGCACCAGAUAUGGAAAUCGGGUGACUUUAUAUCCUACGACUACGGACCGGUGGAGAACAUGCAGAUAUACCACCGAGUGGAGGCCCUCAGUUACAAUGUAAGCCAGAUCACCGUGCCGAUCGUCUUGUAUUUUGGGGAAACCGAUGCUGUAGCCACGCCCGAGGGAGUUCAUGAAAUCUAUGCCAGAAUGCUGAUGUCGGUGAAGAGUGUGAGGAGAAUUAACUCGCCGAAGUUCAACCACUUGGACUUUCUUGUUUCCAACGACAUUAAAAGUCUGGUCAACGACAAAUUAAUCGAGCAAAUGGAACAGUUUCUCGAGGGGCGAUUGCCGUACGUAAUCGAAUGACCGCCAA